AAGAUCCAGCCCACUACACACGAACAGGACGAAUCAGUUUUUACAAAUCCUAGAGAGAGAAAGCUUAAGAGAGAGAAAGUCGAGCUCGAAGAGAACCAGAACAAACGCUCAACAUUCGUAUACAUACACACAAAUCUACAUACAAACGCAUGUAUAUUAGGGCUCAAUUCGUUUGAUAUUUCAAAAUUGGUGCUACACACAUCAAAGGAGAAUCAUUAGAUCAAGGGGAAACGUAUGUUAGCUUGAAAUUGUUGCAGAGUUGUUAGCAAUUGAGUUUUGAAGCAAUGGGAGAGAGAAACCUGUAGGUCAACAUAGCGGGAAUGCAUGGUAGUCAAUGCUGCGGUUGAAUCCAUGGGUGGAGUUAUUGAUGGUGGAGUUGAAAUUUCUUCUGCACCAUCUGCUCAACAAUCAUCAUAUCUUGAAAAAACUCAAGCAGAGCUUAGGGACACUUUCACUGCUGCUGAGAAGUUUAGAAGAGAAUUAGAAUUUUUACAAAAAGGUGGUGAUCCGUUAGAUUUACAAGUCGGGAAUGGAACGUCGGUCAGUCUGCAGUCCACGUCACUGUUUGAUCAGCAUCCUGUGACAAGUGAAGUAAAAGGCAGUUUUGCAAUAACUGCUUCACCUCAUGGAGAUUCGGUUGAAAGUAGUGGAAGACUAGGGGCUCCUUCAGUUGGUGAACGGGAACCCAAUAGUGCUGAUAAUCUUAUGCUCUUUGAUCGAGAAAAUAAGUUUCAUGAAGUUGAAAAAAGAUCCCUGCAUCUUCAUAAGAACAAUACUGUAUCUGAUGUGGCACUAGAGUUUCCCAAAAAGUCAUAUAAACGACGGAAUAGGUCACGGUCAAAUCGGGAUGGAGCCCGGUCAAGUUCUACUGAUGUGGGCCCUCGCAGAGGUCAACCCUUUUUGGCUUCUCGUCAUGCACCAAAGGAUGCUAAGAGAUCGGAACAUGAUGACAGUCAGGGCCAGAAUUUAUCUCCGAACAGCCUUUUAGAUGUAAAAUUAAAUGGUAGUCAGAGCGAAAAGUCAACUCAACCUGUUAUACAAGAAACCGUAGGGCACACAGAGCAGGAAACAGUUACAAAGGGGGUUGAAUCCAGAUCAUCAGGCAGCAGAAGUAUUCAAAGUUUAGAUGACAAAAACGAGAAUGAAUCGGUGGCUGUUAUGAAAAAUGUUGAUUCUAAUGGGACUAUGGAACUUAAUUUAGCAUCAAACGAGGCACCAAGUAUCGAGGGCAAUGAUGUAAAUAUACCGAACGAAGAUAAGGCGUUAAACACCGCUAAUGAUACUUCUAAUCCAUGCUCUGCAAGUCGCAACGACAAUGGUUCUACACUUGUGGAAUCUGAACCUGCUUUGCAAGAUGAGUCUAAAGUGUCAACCUCAAAUAAGGAACACGAAGACUCGGUUCUAGAAGAGGCUCGGAUUAUAGAGGAAAAACGUAAGAGGAUGGCUGGAUUAUUGGAUAGAAUCUUACCACCCGAGAGUCAUCAUAUAUCACAUUGGCAAUUUGUUCUUGAAGAAAUGUCAUGGCUGGCUAAUGAUUUUGCACAGGAGCGCCUUUGGAAGGCUACUGCAGCUGCUCAAAUUUCUAGGAGAGCUGCUUAUAAUUCACGGGUUAGAUUUCAGCAACAAAAUUCACUUUGGAAGCAAAAACAAGUUGCUCAUACAUUGGCAGAAGCUGUCAUGGAGUUCUGGCACACCGUGCAGGUGAAAUGCGAUGAAUUGGAGUUCGAGGGUCCUAAAAAAGAUGCUAAACUUGGGCUUUACCAAUACGGGUUGAGAUUCCUGGAGUACAAUAGCUCUCAGGCUCAAUACAGCUCAGCUCAAGCACCUAGGACUCCUGAUAGGAUAUCCGAUCUCGGCACCUUAGGCAUUUCAUGGGAAGAUAAUUUAACAGAGGAGGACCUGUUUUAUACGGUACCAGCUGGUGCUAUCGAGGACUACAGAAAAUCUAUUGAAUCUCAUUUACUACAAUGCGAGAGAACUGGUAGUAGCAUGCAAGAGGAAGUGGAUUUCAAUGGAUAUGAUGCUGUUACAGUGGACAAUUUUAAUCAUGUAGCCAUUGAAUCACAAGAUGAUGCACUUGAAGAGGAUGAGGGAGAAACAAACCCGUAUUAUAUACCAGGAGCAUUUGGAGGUAGUAGGUCAUCAAAACCCGCUCAAAAGAAAAAGAAACACUUCAGGUCAUACGGGCAAAGAUCUUUCGAUAUGGGGCGGGGUCCACCAUUCAUGCAAUCCCAUGAAAGAGCUAUUGGGCCUCAACCUUCAAUAUUAAGCGGGAAACGACCCACCAGCAGUAUUAACGUUUCAAUUCCCACAAAACGUGUGCGAACCGCUUCCAGACCAAGGUUUACUGGACCUGCGGGCUUUAUUCAGGCACCGAAUAGACCCGAUGCUUCAAGUGGUGAUAACAAUUCUUUUCAGGAUGAACAUAGUUCUUUACAUGGAGGGUCCCACUUACCCAACAAUAUGGAAGUGGAAUCAGGUGGGGAGUAUGAAAAGCAGAUGAAUUUCGACCCGACAGAAGUAUCCAACAGACCUAAAAAGAAAAAGAAGAUUAAACAUCCUGGAUCCAUGUUUGAUCAUCGUUGGCAGCUUGAUUCUGAAUUUCAGAAUGACCAGAAGGAUCACUUGAAGAGAAGGCUGGAUACUCGCCAAUUUGACUCCAAUGGAAACAGCGUGGCUUCUCAAACAAGUAAUAUGUCCAACUCAAGCAAGUUCAUGAGAUUACUUGUUCGUGAUCGCGGUAGGAAAUCUAAAUCGAAUAAGGCCUCUGCUGGGCAGCAAGGUUCCGGAAGUCCUUGGUCCUUAUUCGAAGAUCAGGCCCUUGUUGUGCUGGUACAUGAUAUGGGUGCCAACUGGGAACUCAUAAGUGAUGCUAUUAACAGCACGUUGCAGUUAAAGUGCAUCUAUCGUAAGUCAGAAGAAUGCAAAGAGCGGCACAAAUUAUUAAUGGAUAGGAAUAAUGGUGAUGGUGCUGAUAGUGCUGAGGAUUCUGGGUCCUCUCAACCUUAUCCAUCUACUUUACCCGGCAUUCCGGAGGGAAGUGCAAGACAACUGUUUCAACGGUUGCAAGGACCAAUGGAAGAAGAUACACUCAAGUCUCAUUUUGAGAAGAUUAUUAUGCUUUGGCAAAAACAACAUUAUAAAAAAGCACAGAAGGAUAAUCACGAACCAAAGCAACGCCAGCAGCCUCAUAACUCUCAUGCACUUGCUCUUUCUCAAGUCUGUCCUAAUAAUCUCAAUGGCGGACCUGUUCUCACGCCUCUUGAUCUUUGCGAUGCAAUCGCACCUAGCCCGGAUCAUGCUCCUGUUGGUUAUCAAGGUCCUCAUGCUGGAGGGUUGCCCAGUCCGAACCAUGGAAAUCUAGCAUCAAUUGGUUCCGGGUCUAGCUCGGCUUCUUUACUACCGGGAUCUUCUGCAAUGGGUCUUGGCAGUCACUUGGCCUCUGCAUCUAAUCCACUCAGUCCUGCUCUUAGGGAGGGAAGAUACGGGAUACCUAGAGCACGUCCCUCAGCGGUAGACGAUCAGCAUAAAAUACAACAUUUGAAUCAAAUGUCUGCAAGAAACAUGCAACAGUCGUCGGGUUUGCCACCUAUGUUACCGGGUGGGACCAGUAUGGGUGUCAUGAGUGGGAUGAACAGAAGCAUGGCAAUGGCUAGACCCGCAUUUCAGGGGAUCUCCUCUCCAUCUAUGUUAAAUCCUGGUGUGCCACCUGGCAACAUGGUCAGACCUCGUGAAGCUUUGCAUAUGAUGAGGCCGAACCAGAUGGCACCAGAUGGAGCAGGAUCUUUUCCGAAUCAGAAUAAUACCCAAACACCUGUACAAUCAUACCCGCAUCCAAUGUCCCCACACAUGCCACAUCAUCUUCAUGGACCGGCCUAUGGAAUGCGUCUGAUGAAAGAGAGACAACUUCAUCAACAACGUCUACUACAACAGCAGCAAUUUGCUACUUCUAGUUCCAACCCUGUGACGCCACAUGUACAUUCGCAACCACAACAAUCUCAAAUUCCAGUUUCAGUUUCGUCUCCUCAAAGUAGUACACAAAUGCCUCAACAUCCACACAAACGUCCCGUACCGCCACCUCAUGGCCUGAUGCGUACCCCUCAAAGCGGAGUCAACGUUAUGAUGGGCAAACAGCCACUACGUCAGCCGCCACCACAACCGUUUCAACCACCCGCCAAGAAACAGGUGGUCAAAGUUAUGAAUGGCUUCGAGCAAAAUGGUCAAGGGGCAGCAGCGGCGGCUUUGAAGCAGUCAACGCAUGAUUCGUCUUUAAAUCAGCCACAACAAAAGAGAUAUCCCGGUCAAGGUCAACCGCCUGCUGCUUCCUCAAAGCAAAAGACAUCUCGUGCUCCAUCAGUGGGUUCCGUAACAACUUCCAACCACCGCCAGUCUCAUCCGCCACAGAAGGUCGCAAGUCAAACUCAAGCAACUGCUGGUCAAAGAACAAUAGAGAGUCCUUUGGAAAACGCUUCUGAACCAGCUCAAACAUCUGAGCCACUUUAUGAUUCUUCUUCUGGUCCUCCUGUGUCGGAUAAGGUUCCACCUCAAUCGAACCAUGAUGAUGAUGCAGGUGUACAGUGGCAAAAGCAGCCGUCUUCUUCAUAGCUAAUACCUCUCUCUCACCUAGCCCGUUAAUUUUUGACCCGAAUGGAGCACUCUUUUAACAGUUUUUGGGUGACUGGUACGUACCCAUCCGUCCAUUCACAUGUAAUAGCAAUGUACAGGUUUGUUUCCUUUAUUUUUCUGCAACCAAAUUUUGCAUAGUACAAAGCUCUACAAAAUUAGAGGUUGCAUUUUCAACCCAUUUACUUGGAACAGGUUUAUUAGAAUUGUGUUAUAUCUUUCUUUAA